AUGUCAAAUCAUAUUCGCCAAACACAACUCACACAUUCUAUACAACCACCGUGUUUUUCUGAAGUUGAUAUAUCUUCAGCCGCGAGUUAUGACUCGGCACAAACCCACUUGUCCAACAUGAGUUGGAAAACUUCUGUUCCUCCACAGCUGACAGAUUCUCCUGCGGAAAUGGUAACAUCGUCGGUUCCAUCAUCCCGAAACAUACCACUUAUAGUUGAUGAUUCUUCCAUAUUGGAAAAUUCAACCAGUUCACCCAAACCGGAACUUACCCUAUCACCCCAAGGCUCUAAGGAGCCAAUUUCAACACCCAAACAAAUACCGAUUACAGUAUUUGAUUUUUCAGAGUUGGAUACUCUUUCCACUUCAACCAAACCAACCCUUUUCCCUUCACCUCAAAGUUUUAACGAGGCUUCAUCAUCAUCUGAUGGUUAUAUAACCGCUGAUUCAAACGAUUUGGAUUCAACAGAGAAUAUUAUAUCUCCACCUGCCGUUAUACCAAUGGUGACGCUUGACCUAUUCAACUCGACUCCUUACCCCCCCGUAUAUACAACGGAUGGGUUCCAGAAACCUUAUGGUUUCUAG